CUGGGCUUGGACAACUGUACACGCUAGCACAAACCGACAUGGACAAGCUAAAUAUGGAGGACAAACCCUCAGUUGAGAAAGAUGAUCAAACUCUAUAGAACCAUUGAAGUCUGUAAAAAUGGAAGAAGAGAAUGUACAAAGAGAUGUAGGAGUAAAUCAAGAAGCUAUGGAGAAAAUUGCUGAUAGAUUAUCUUUUUUGGAUAAUCUCUAUUUUCCUCGAGCUGUUCUUCCCAACGCAUCUUCUCCUUCUCUCCGCAAAUCCCUCCUUCUCGAUCUCCUUCAUCGCAAUAUCCCUGUUUUCUUGGAACGCUAUGGGCCUCAAUUGACAUCCAACGAAAUUCAAGAGUUUGACGUCCUAAAAGAUGACUAUGAAGUUAAUUGGCACUUAAAACAUUUAAGAAGCAAGCUCAGUCCAACUUCGGAGCAGUUGCGCUUUCAAUCAUUGACUAUAAAGAAUAGGAGAAGAGCUUACAUGGAUAAACUCGUACGUGAAGGUCAAUACUUUUCUGAGGAUUCCAUGAGAGAGAGGGAGCCAUAUUUGCACCAUCAGUAUUUGGGUCAGUUUCAGGAUCCUUACGGAAGAAGUAUGGCUAGGCCUGGGGAGCGGUGGUCAGAGACUUUAAUGAGACAAUCCGAGGAGGCAAUUUUGCUUGCGAAGAUUAGAGGUGAGCAGCAGAGGUUAGGUGUUGAUGAGAGUGAGUGGGUUGGUAAUGAACUAGCAAGCCAAAUGGAGGAAGAAGAGGAGGAAGAGGAGGAGGAAGAGGAGGAGGAGCAGGAGGAAGAGGAAGAAGAUGAAGAUGAGGACGAAGACAAAGAGGAGGGUGAGAAAGCUAAUGUUUAUGCGAAUGGAGUAUGUUCAGCAUCAGAGGUUCAAUUGGCGCAUCAAGAAAAUGGAACUGCGAACAGCACUACAUCCACAAACGCAGCAAACUCCGAUAGGCGAAUGUUAUCUCCAGCAGAAAUGGAGGAGCAGUUGGAUCACUUUACUUAUAUAAUGCAGCAGAAAUUUUUAUCAGGUCAAGAUCGUGAACAUGUCGAUUAUACGAACAUAGAUGAAGAUGAGACCUUGGACGACCACUGGUCAAAAGAAGCCAAUUAUGAUGCCGAAGAAAAGUACUUUGAAGAAGAUUGAUAGAUGCUGCGUUUUGAAUGUUGUCAUAGUCGGGCUUUAAGUUUUCGGUUCCAGCAUCUUUUACCAGUUUGAGAGCUUUGUUACGGCGCAAAGCUUACCUUGCAUCGGCCAACCCUAAGUGCAGAGAUGCCUAUGCACAUAGUAGGAUCUAAGAAGGUUUGUAGUCUUGUAUUUACUUAUUAAAUAUAGUUUUGCAUCACUUUACUUCGUUGUAUUGCUCAUAAUUAAGUGGUUGAAUUCGCAGUUAAAUUUGCAUUUCGAAAGAGUCAAGUAAAAA